AUGUUCAUCAAAGAGACGGGGUCGAAUGAGGACCUACACUGCUUCACCACAGGCCGUUGGCUGUGGAAUGAGAAACAGCAACUUCAGAACCGCUUCACGCCCUUUGACGUGCAAGCGCUUCAGGAAAUUGCUGCCAGCAGUAUAGAAGCUGAGGAAUGCGUCUCAAUCACCAAGCUGGGGGGGGGUGGCUCGAACAGAACAUUCUUACUCACGAUGGACGAUGGCAGAAAAGUGGUUGCGAAGAUCCCUUACCCAAUCGCAGGUCCCCAGUACUACACCACAGCAUCUGAAGUCGCCACUAUGGAAUUUGCUCGGACGGUUCUCAACAUUCCUACUCCAAAGGUUCUUGCGUGGUGCGCAGAUAGUCGAUGCAGUGUUGGAUCUGAGUACAUCAUAAUGGAGGUUGCCCGCGGGACUCGACUGGCAGAUGUGUGGGAUGACCUAGCUCUCGAGGAGAAGCUCAAGGUCACUGAUAGCCUUGUUGAGCUGCAGAAGAAGUUAUUCUCGGUGGCUUUUGAUUGUUACGGUAGCCUGUAUUAUGCCACAGAAAAUAUCCCCGGCGCUCUUCCGGCACAGCUCGUUGGAGAUAUCCCUGAGAUAAUACAAGAACAAGUAGCGAGCCGGUUUGUGAUUGGGCCAGUGACAGAGCAUGACUUUUGGGCAAAAGAGCGUGCACAAAUGACUAUUGACCGCGGUCCAUGGAUACAACCACAGGACUACGUCACCUCUCUGGCCCAUCGCGAGAAGGCCUGGAUACAACAGCAUGCGAUUCCAAGACCGGACGAUGCCACAAUGACCCAGAACUGCCCCGCUAGUCAUCUGUGUCUGCUUGACAAGUACCUCCAAGUGGCACCGUAUCUUCUCCCCAACGAGCCCGCCAUCCUUGCACCGUACCUCUGCCACAGCGACCUCAAUCCCUCAAACAUCUUCGUGAGUGACGGAGAGAUCACCAGCGUGAUCGACUGGCAGGGCGUAUGGGGCACCCCACUCAUGCUCGGCGGACGGCACCCAAGCUUUAUCCGCUUUGAGGGGGAACCGAUUCUCACUCUUCCCGAAGGUUUCGCCGAGCUCGGCAGCAAAGAACAGUCUGCGACUGAAGCCCAGAUGGAACAGACCAUCAUUUGUGAUUUCUAUCAGACACGAGUGGCGGAAGAGAUCCCACUCCUCAAUCGCGUGUUCUACCAGGAAUUCGGCAUGCUGCGGUGUUGGCCCAUUCAGUUUGUGGGCGACGCCUGGGAUGAUGAUAUCAUUCGCCUGAGGGAUAGUUUGAUCCAGAUUGAGAAACACUGGGAAGAGAUGGGCUUUGGGUUUCCAUGCCCCCUACAUUUCACAGAGGACGAUCUUCGGGUCCACGAUGAGGAAACCAUAGGCUGGAACAAUAUACAGGGGUUCUGGGACGCAAUCUCCCCAUUAGUGGCGAGAGAUGGCUUCUUUCAUUCCGACAUGUAUGAGGAGGCUGCUCACAUGUUUAAAUACGUGCGGAACUGGGGCUUGGAGCACGUCACGGGUAAGGUGAAGGAGAGGUUUGAGCACGCGACGCUGAUGGCUGCGGAUGUCGAAGUCGAGGCAGUGAAUACCGGAGGAUCUGGGGAUAGCUGAUCGACGCAAAAGCUCCAAGGGGCUGAUACCGCACACGAACGGGUAUGUGCAAGGACGUCAUGCCGUUGCCAUCCUGUUUGGCUUGCUUCGGGAUUCUCGGGCUGGACCUCUACGUGAAAUACAGUUCCGUCUGGCCCAGGUACGACGACACUUGACCCCGCCCAGUUGAUAUGGACGCGCAGAAUCUGUUUCGCCUCUGCAGCAUCCAGAAUAGUGGCUUCGUAAUGGAGCCGUGUGUCACAGGUCUUCACACCGCAAUCCCUUGAAGCGCAAAUAGAAU